AUGCUCAGGAAUGCGGUCUCUCUGCCACUGACUCGUCCGGUCCGUCAUCCGCCGUCCCGAGCCUCAUCCGACUCACCACCACCACAACGCUUGCGACACUGCGAAAACAAAAGCAAACUCUGGGACAUGUCCAUUCCGUUCCGCCAUACCUCUCGACACCAGAUGUCAAUUGUCUUGGCGGAACUAGAACCACAAUUGAGAAAUUUUCUAGAAGGCCGAGAGCUCAUCAGAAACACGGAUCCGAACCCGAUACGGCCUGCUGAACCAACGAGCGAAUUUUCGCUGGCCGCCUCGCUUUGCCUCGCCACCUCGAGUCGGCUUCCUCCUUGUCGCGAGGAGGCCUUGCCAAGACCAUUCACUGGCGGCACACGCCUCAGCUCAUGCACCCUCCGAUUCUUCUCCGGCGCCGAGCCCGCUGUGGACCCUAAUUCCGUCCGUCUUUGCCUACAGCUCGCUCUUUGUGGGAACCUACUCCCGGACGGCUGCUUUCAGCACUAUGACUGUUUUGCAGUUUCCAUUGUCUAA